AUGGAAGGAGUACUAUGCCAGUCGGGAAAAGUCUUUAGUGAUGCAUACAGAAUAAUGGGAGCGUCGCCCUUAGUACCUGUAUUUUUGUCUCUGACAUACCUCACGAGGAACAUUAGCAGUGAGUAUUAUGCAUACAGUGUGAUUGCAUCUGGCAUCCUGUUAGGACUUUCGAUAUACGUAGUUGGAUAUGUGAAAGAAAAGCGGAAUGAGGAGCAGGUAAGUACACUAGGAGAUAUGUCGAGGGGCGUGUCUAAAAUGCUAUCUGAUGCAGCUGAGGCGAUUGUGGUUCUUUCGAAGUAUAUUGUGCUGCUUAUUACUGUGGAUGUGUUCAUUAACACGCUUUUUGUGCGAUUUCCGUUUAUGGAGGAAAUACGAAGCUCGAUUUCCAUAUAUAGGGUUCUUUUUGGACUAGGACUGGCACUUGUGAGUCUAAUGAUAUAUGUUAUGUCUACGUUUUUCAGGAAGACGUUUCUUGCGGUAUCUGCAGCAGCAAUGCUGGUUAUGGCAAUCAUGCUGGGAGUGUGCUAUUUAUUGGGUGUAAAUUCUGCUUUCCACAGGCAAGAUAGUGCGAAAGACGACUCGCUAUCGUCGUUUUUCUGGAUCACUGCAAUUGCAUUGUACACGAUGGAGUUUGUGUCUGGAGGAGUGAAAGUGGUGAAUGAGUCAAGACACAGGGAGCUGAAUAAGUACGUAGCAAUCGCAAGUGCAUCGAUGGUAUCUGCAAUACUUCUUAUAUUUGUGUAUGCUGCUGAGUGGAUGAGGUCUACAAACAACUCUCUGGAUAUCUUGAAACUUGUGUUUCUGAAAUCAUCUAAGCUUAACAACUAUCUAAAGGAACAUACAAUUGACAAGUACUGCAUUACAUCAAGCAUAAUGUGCAUAUGUAUACCUGUUGCAUGUGUGGCGAUCUUUGCAAUACAGUUUGAUGUAUUUAUUAGAUCAUUUAAGAAAUUGGUGAAUGCAGAGAAUGACAAUAAGAUACUGCUGCUGUCUCUUGCAGUUCUUGGAAUGAUUUUCAUACAAGUGCUGUUCAACGAAGUAUUUGGUACAUUCCACUUCUAUUUGGCACUUGUGGUUGUUGGAAUAACACCACUGUUGGCAUACCAUCCGUACAUCUGCUAUAUUGUCACAUCGAAGAAGAUAACGCUUUUUACAGCAGUUAGCGUUCUUGCAAUAAUAUUUAUAUGUGGAGUUCUUGUGGGAACGACAAAGACACUGAUAGAUAUGGCUCAAAUAAGCUAA